AUGUUGCUGCCAGCAAAUGCAGUAGAGGUGGUCAAGGAUGGAGAUGAGUCAUUUUGCUGCACAGUGGAACGUGACCUGCUUGAGUGUGAACAGCCCACUAAUCUGAAUGGCCUUUUCUUGGCAGUGACAAACAAGAAACCCACACAGGCGUCUAUCACGAAGGUCAAACAGUUUGAGGGCUCCACGUCAUUCGUUCGGAGGUCACAGUGGAUGCUUGAGCAGCUUCGCCAGGUUAAUGGUAUCGAUCCUAAUCGGGAUUCUGCAGAGUUUGAUUUGCUGUUUGAAAAUACUUUUGACCAGUGGGUAGCCAGUACAGCCUCAGAAAAAUGCACCUUCUUCCAGAUCCUCCACCACACCUGUCAGAGGUACCUCACCGACAGGAAGCCGGAGUUUAUUAACUGCCAAUCCAAAAUUAUGGGAG